AUGAACUAUAACACCAACGCUCAAUCUUACGGAAGUCCAAAAAGCCGCGCCUCCUAUGCCGCUCAAGAGGAGGCAGAAUUGAGAGAAUAUUUAAUACAAAAAAGAAGGCCUUUGCGCGGCAACGUCAUAUAUCGGACUUAUCCUGGGGCAAACAACGAGUGCCUCAACAACGAAACAAAUACGAAUCAAGAACAGAGUAAUCUUAUAAGCUCUUCAAGACAAUCAUCCGUUACUCUUGACGGUGAUUGUGAUGAUGGACAAUCUAUUGCAAAUGAAAAUGAUAAUAAUGAAUCUCCAAAAGCAUUUACUAAAAGAUGA